UGAUAGUAAUAUGCACAGUUCUAGAGUGCUGACUAUUCCACUUAUUAGAUGUGAUGAUCUAGUAUCCAGUAGAGUUAUUAAACUAGAACUUAUUGAUAAUACAGACCAUACAAAUGCGAAUCAAUCAUUACAAACGGAACCUAAAUGUGAAAAUCAAGAUGAAAUAUACCCAACGGAUGCCAAAAUAAAAAUCGAAAAGGAUAUAAAUGGCAGUUUUGAGUAUGAAGGAACAGUUAAAAACGAAUCGCAUUUUUCAGAACUAUCUAUUCAUAUGGAUUCGGACAUAACAUCAAACUUAAGUCAAAUAAAAAUCAAAAGAAAAAGACUAGUUUGUGAUAAUUGUGCAAAAUCAUUUUAUAACAAAGCCGAUUUGAUUAAACACAUAUUACGUUGUACAAGAGAAAGGUUCUACAAAUCUGAUAUUUCUGAUCAAGGGUUUUCUCAAGCAGGAAAUCUGAAAAAUCAUAAAAAGUUACACAGUGGAGGAAAGUGGAAGCAAUGUGAUUUCUGUGAUAAAAGGUUUUCUAGAAAGACAGAUUUAACAGUGCAUUUGAGGACACAUACUGGAGAAAAGCCAUUUACAUGUGAUAUGCGUGAUAAAAAGUUUUCUCAAGCAUCAAAUUUGAAUACUCAUAAAAAGUUACACAGUGGAGAAGAGUUAUUUAAAUGUGAUAUCUGUGAUAAAAGACUUUCUCGAGCAUCAUAUUUGAAAGAUCAUAAAAAUAUUCAUAGUGGAGAAAAGCCAUAUUCGUGUGAUAUGUGUGAUAAAAGAUAUUCUCAAGCAUCAAGUUUGUAUAAACAUAAAAAGUUACACAGUGGAGAAAAACCAAUUAAAUGUGAUUUCUGUGAUAAAAGGUUUUCUAUAAAGGCACAUUUAACAUUCCAUUUGAGGAAACAUACUGGAUAUAAGCCGUUUACAUGUGAUAUUUGUGAUCAAGGGUUUUCUCAAGCAGGACAUUUUAAAUAUCAUAAAUAUAUGCAUAGUGGAGAAAAGCCAUAUUCAUGUGAUAUGUGUGAUAAAAGGUUUACUCAAGCAGGAAAUUUGAAAAAUCAUAAAAAGUUACACAGUGGAGAAAAACCAUUUAAAUGUGAUUUCUGUGAUAAAAGGUUUUGUGGAAAGACAGAUUUAACAGUGCAUUUGAGGACACAUACUGGAGAAAAGCCAUUUACAUGUGAUAUGUGUGAUAAAAGGUUUUCUCAAGCAUCAAAUUUGAAUAGUCAUAAAAAUAUUCAUAGUGGAGAAAAGCCAUACAAAUGUGAUAUCUGUAAAAAAAGCUUUACUCAAAGUGGACAUUUAAAAACGCAUAAAAUAACACAUACUCGAGAUUAGAAAUAUAAAUGUGCUAUCUGCAAUAUAUAAAUAUUAUAUAAUAUAUAUAAUAUAUAUACAAUAAAAGGUUUUCUGCACAUUCAAAUUUAAAAAUCCAUGCAAGGAACAUACCAUUGAAAGGUCUUAAAUCAUUAAAUUUUUUUUGUCAGGUUUUGAUAUACCAUGAACUAAUCACUUUUCAAAAAUGUGAUUACAUUCGUCUUUAUACUAUUAAAUAAUUAAUUUAUGUAUAUUGUUUUCCUGUAACUCGUUACAAUUAUAUUGCAUUUAUCU